AUGCCGCAUCCACGACCCCUCCCACUCUCCGAAGAGUGGACAGACCCUGAUAUCUAUGCCGAUGCGCUCCUAUCAUUCACAACUUCGUCGGAUUUGUUCCUUCACGUUUGCGGCGGUGUACACAUCUUAGAUUUCCUGACCCGUGAACCGGACCUAUACGAUUCACUUCUACCGCAAGAAUGGCGAACGUUUUUCGACAAGCAUGACAUCCAAGAUAUUCUCGACCUGCUGCUGAGGGAAGACAUACCGCCUUUAUUAAAGCAGAGUCGUAGGCACCAGGGAAGUGGUGAGCAGGUCCGGGAUGCCGGUGUUCAGUGGAGAGGGCAGCCCCUCCCCCCGGUCGAUUUGCUGGAAUACAUUCAUCAGAUUCGUCGACUGAGUUUGGGGAGAGAUUUCACUCCUCGAAAGCCUGGGAAGCCAUUUUUACCGCACCAUCUUGCGGUUGGAAUGAACCAAAAGAAGUACCACGAGGUCGCACACUUUUCGGGAUAUGUUGACGCGCUGUGCAACACGGUUGCUGACGAACGGGGCGAGGAAAUUUCGCAUAUUGUUGAUUUCGGAUCGGGACAAAACUACCUUGGACGAACGCUCGCGAGUCCUCCUUACAACAGGCAUAUAAUCGCGAUUGAGCGAGAACAUCAGUUCAUUAGUGGCGCAAAGGGCAUGGACAUUCAUGCGAAGUUGGCGAAGAAACAGAAGAAGAUUGUCUAUGGGACCGCGAAGAGAAGACGCAAUCGCCAGGAUCGCGAUGAUUCAGAAACUCCAACUCCAUCACCCAUCUCAGAACCGGAGAUUGUGGAUACUGUACCGGAAAUAGUUUCCGUAGAGGCUGCAGAGGGCGAUGAAGAGGAUGGCACCGUGUUCAGUGUCCUGGACAUUGAUAUCCAGCCUGAGGAGUGGGGAACCAGCCCUUACAAGAAUGGGCCCCCAAAGAAAUUCGUUUCCACUAAGAAAGAUGAUGUCCUUCAACUCAAGGGAGCUAUGGAUUACAUUGAGCAUGAGAUCAAAGAUGGAUAUCUAGAGCCUAUCAUCAAAGAUGUGGUCGCAUCUCGAUCCCAAAAACUUCAAUCCCCCGAAGGGCCCAUGGCGGAUGGUGGAGAGGAGACAAACAACAGAUCGUUGGAAGACCCAAAAGUCAUGGUCAUUUCGCUCCAUUCCUGUGGAAACCUUCUCCAUCACGGUGUCAGAUCAUUGGUGCUCAACCCGUCCGUCAAAGCUAUUGCCAUGAUUGGAUGCUGCUACAACCUGGUAACAGAAAGGUUGGGCCCAGCUACUUACAAAAUACCCAUUCUUCGUACCCAACACCCUCGUUUGACUCAGGAUGCCUGUGCAUACGAUCCUCAUGGCUUUCCCAUGUCUAAGCGCUUGGAAGCAUAUGAGCAUCAUAGUGGGGCUGGGGUGAAGCUCAACAUCACCGCACGAUCAAUGUCCUUGCAGGCCCCGUACAACUGGGGCAGGCAAGAUAGUGAGGACUUCUUCACGCGGCACUUCUAUCGGGCUCUUCUCCAACGUGUCUUUGUUGACCGUGGCGUAGUAGCCAAGCCUGUCAACCCAACAGAUUUGUAUGGGGUCGAGACUAACGGACCUGAGACGGUGGGCAAUCCUCUGAUCGUUGGGUCCUUGCGAAAGGCAGCUUUUACGUCCUUCCCUGCGUAUGUCUUUGCCGCGGUAGCAAAACUGAGCCGGGACACGCACAAUGGGGAAAAGGUCAAGGCCCGGAUGGCUGGUAUCACAGAAGAGGAGCUGAAACGCUAUGAAGCGGAGUAUUGGCCCAGAAAGAAACAUCUCAGCGUCACCUGGAGCUUGAUGUCGUUCAGCUCCGCGCUUGUCGAGGCUCUCAUUGUCGUGGACAGAUGGCAGUUCUUGCGUGAGCACGACUCUGUCAAGGACUGCUGGGUUGAGCCUGUGUUUGAAUACAGUGAAAGCCCUAGGAACCUUGCGGUCAUAGGCAUCAAAAAAUGA